AUGAAAAGAAAGGUUGAAGAAGAAUUAGAAGGGGAAAAGCACAGCAUGUGGAGUCAUGGAGGGCACUGGCAGAGAGGGGAGUUUAUUGGAGAAGUGAUGGCGGUGAAAUCGGCAAAGGUGUCUGCUUCGGAGUCUAUUGAACAUGAGGCAGGGGUUCUGUUCGAGAUCAAGGGUUGCCCUUUCGUUAUCGAGCGCUUUGGUGAAGAGACCACAACCACAGACAAGGGUGACAAGGUCUACAACUUGUUGUUAGAAUUUGCUUCUGGAGGAACCCUUGAUGGCCUCAUACAAAAAUCCAAUGGUCUUGGAUUGCCUGAAUACGAUGUUAGAAGAUAUACAAGGUCAAUUCUUGAAGGGAUUAGACACAUUCACAAGUGUGACUAUGUUCACUGCGAUUUGAAGCCGGACAACCUUCUGCUUGUGCCUACCACUACCACUACUUCUACUACCGCUAGGUCUGGUGCUACAACUAGUUUUGUAGCCAAGAUUGCAGAUUUUGGGUUGGCUAAGAAAACCAAGGANAACUAUAGUCGGUGGAGAGGCACUCCUAGGUAUCUGUCCCCAGAGGCUUUAUUUGANAACAAACAAGAUCAGUCCUGUGANAUUUGGGCUCUUGGUUGUAUUGUGUUUGAGAUGCUAACCGGAAACUCCCCCUGGGAUUUGAAGCCUGGUUGUGAUCUUGACAAUUCCGUCGACGUGACGGUGUUUGAUCAUCUACGNACUUCCAAAAUUCCGGCCGAGAUCUCAGAUGUGGCCAGGGAUUUUCUGAAGAGUUGCCUUGCCAUGAGGUCCUGUGAAAGAUCAACAGCGGAAAGGCUCUUGUCUCAUCCAUUCGUAGCGCCGCCUCAACCAUCAAAAGCGGGUCAUGCCAAGUUGAAGGUGGUCAACUCAUCUUUGGGCUAUGCAUAUGGUGUCUCUUACUUCAAACCGAAAGCAGAUUACCGUGCAAGCACUGCCACUGUUCCCAGAAUUCAUCCCCUACCGGGUUUUGAGAUACCAGCUGGACAUUAG